AUGGAGGACAAGGAAAGCUAUAUACAGUCAGAUGUUCAUAAAUCUGAUAUGCUAAAAUAUCUGUUUUUGGAAUGUAUCGCGGUAAUAACCUUCCUGUUUCUCCUUCCAGGCUCUUCGCGUGUGACAGCCCAAGAAGCACCAGCGCCAACGCCACAGACACAAGGCUUCCAGCCCUUCUUAGGCUCCCCUUCGCCGCCCUUCCCAUUCCAGGGCUUCGCUGGCUUACCUGGCUCCCCCAGCGCUUCCCCAAGGCCGCUGAACCCCUUCUUCACAGGGACGUUCAAUGGACAACCCACUGGCAACCCCUUCUUGCCUCCUCUUGUUGGCCCCAACCAGCAGUUCGCCUUUCCCGUGCCAGCUGGUUUUCCGGGGAGCGCCGUUCCAGGACCUCAAUUCCAGGGUUUCCCGGGGUCUCCACUGACAGGCAGACCUCCACCACAGGGCAUAACUAAUGGCUUCCCAGGUCAGUUUAGCCAUCCAGGGUCCUUCCACAUUCAGCCAAAUCUUGCAGGUCAUUCCCGUUUCCCAGCCGGAAGUUUUCCCGAAACCUCUCCGAUUAGCCCUCUUCGCGAGGUUCCAACUGGCUUCCCGGCAGCUGUUAAUGAAGGCCAGAUCUCAGGACGCGGUUUAGAAUUUGGAGAUGAAGAUUUCGUGGGUCUCUCCGGAGGCAGUCCUACAAUGCAGGCACCGAUCUCCCCAGUGACGCCUUUAUCCUCCCCUCCUACCACGCCCUUCGUGCCAGAAACUACGCCCGCAACUAGUCCUCCAACCAGCACUGCAAAGCCAGCCACAACCACCACAGCUUCUACAACUUCGCAGCCUAGUACAACACCAACUACAACCACUACAACUUCAACCCCACCACCUACAACUUCAGUAACUCCAUCUACAACCACUACAACUUCAACCCCACCACCUACAACUUCAGUAACUCCACCAUCUACAACUACAACAACCCCACCACCCACUACUACAACUACUACAGCUACAACUCCACCACCUACAACCACAACAAAUCUUCCAUCAACGACUACAUCUCCCACCACCACAUCAGCGUCCACAGCCCAACCAGCUGAUUCAGUCGUUUCCUCUACAACAGCUUCACGUCCCAUUGCAGGGCAUAAGAGUAGGACUCAUACCGGCAGUUCUCUAGCAUCUCGUCUACAGAACUUUGCGCAACAAGCUUCAAACGACAGAGGAGAAGGACGAGAGAAGGUUUUGUUUUCUCGACCAAAUAGGAAUCAAGGUCAAGAACCUAGAAGAGAAUCUGAAGCACAAAGACAAGAAAAUACAAUCUCUGCAUCAGGUGGUCAGUCAUCACAAGAUGUCCUGUCAGAAACACAGUAUGAUUAUGAUUAUGAUGAAGCUACAUCUGACAAACAGUCACAACCUGCAGGUUCUCCAACAACCUCCACAACAACAACCCCCCUACCAGUGCCUGUUAGCACUGAGAAAACCAAGAAAAAGGGGAGGAAAGGCCUUACUCGCACUCAGGCAUUUCUGGAACGGCUCCAAAAGCUCCGGCAAAGACGCCUCACAUCAACAACGGGCAGACCGCGUCGUAGAGAGCAAGAGCGGGAAGAUAACAAUGUCCAGGAUAAUCAAGUCCCCCCUCGGAGAAGGACACCGCAAAGGCAAGCAGGAAGUAACUUUAACAGCCGCCUCAGAGACAGGGUCUUUGCAUCGCGGACACAGACUGGUGGUAGAAGAAACAGAAUCAGUGAUGAUAAAAACUCCUCCUCAGGUUUCCGAGCCACCAGACGACCCUUUGUCAUCGGUUUCACAACGAAGAAGCCUCUUACUAUUAGAGAAAGACUUGAGCUUCAUAGGCAAAACAAUAGGUUUGUACCUAAGCAUUUGAGAACUACAACCAAACGAACCACAACCCCUACACCACCUCCAUCAACAACCACAACUACAACAGAAAUUCCAGGCUCAGCUAUUGAUGAAGAUUAUGAUUAUAUUACUGAUUAUGAGCCAGAGGCACCAGCUUUAGAAGUUACAGAACGUGUCCCUACAACGACUACCACUCAGAGAGUUCCCAUAACCAGUUUUAUAACUACGGAAAGAACAAACUCAAAGGUUCAGAGCAUCAGGGAGAGGAUUGCUGCCAUGCUUGGGGCAAGUGGACUUGCAGGAAAGACUACAACUGAAGAAGUCCUGACCAUCUUGGAGGAGGUAACAGUGAAACCACUGGAGACAGCUGAUACAGCCACUCAGUCCACCAUUACAGUGACAGACAAUCCUGUUUUGAUGGUCCACACAGAUGAAGAUUUUGAACCAACAGAAAUGCCACUUGAUGAAAUUCUAUCAACAAUAAUUGAAACUAUUGCAACUUCAGAGUUGCCACCAACAACCCAGGCACUACAUUCCUCUCAACCUUCUAUCGCACAGACUACCCCAACUCCGGAAUCUCUUCCAUUUGUAUCAAUAUUUACAUCUGAACCUGAAGUUUCAACCACGUCGAAGCUAACAGCAAUUGAUGAAACCGAAAUUCCUUUCCCGCACACAACACCAAAGGUUUUAACAUCAACUGAACCAGAAAUAGAGGAAACAAAUUCACCCUCAGGAAUAUUCCCAGAAUUUACUGAUUCCACAGCUGCUGCACUUGCAGAUGUGCAGACAGAAGCUCCUGAAACAGUUGCAGAUCCUUCGAAGCAACCCACAACAGAAGACCCUCUUGUCCAAGAUUUAAUUGCACAACUAGUCGCUGAAGGAAUCAUUACAGAAGUUAACUCCAAAGCAGAGGUCACUGUACCGGAGGUGGAUGAAGAAUCUCUUAUCGAGGAAACCCUAAUUGAGGAAACAGGACCCAAAGAUCUGGAAGUAAUAAAUGUGGAGAAAAAUCCUGCAGCUGAAGUUCAACCAGAAACUCCAUUAGAUAUGCUUAACAAAUCUCAUAUAGAUACCGAAAUAUCAGAUCAAGGAAUAAUAACUGACAAUCAGAAUGACCUCCAUGGAAGCCUUACCAAGUCAAAUGAAAGUCAGAAAGCAAUGGAGGAAAAUCCCACAAUCAUUCCCACUGAUGAACCUGUGUUUAAGCCAACACAAGAUGUGAAUGGCGAAAGCAAGGUCAUGACAGAGCCUUUGUUUGAUCCUGAAGACCAAGCUGAAGUGACUGAAGAUAAUCUACAAGAACCUGAAAAACAAAUAGAGGUCGAACAUAUACAAAUGCCUGAAAAUGUAGCUGAUAACUUGACUGACUUCCAAAAUCAAACUGAUGUUCACAAAGGACAAGAUCAAGUUGAGGUUGUUGGAGAAACUGCACAAAAUCCAACAGAAACAGGAGAAGAUACACACAGAUCUGAAGACCAGGCUGAUAUGAUGGCAAGUGUCAUCGAAGAAGCCAGAGGUGAAGCUGAAGUUACAGAGAUUCCACAAGAACUCGUAAUUCAAAAUGAAAGUGAUCUUAUUCAAACUGAAGUUUUGGCUGAACCUUCAAAGGAACCCGAAUCUCCAAAAGAGCCUAUUGGUGAUAAUGAUCCUAUUGAAGGAUUCAAAGAUCAGCCAAUUGCUACUGGAGAAUCAGCAGAAGGGCCUGAGGAACAGACUAGUGUCACAGAAGCUAGUACAGGAUCUGAAAAUCAAGAAGAGGUUACAGAAAUUCCAGAAGAAUUAACUAGUGGUCAGCUGAGAACAGGUGAUCAAGCUCUAGUAGCUGACAGUAUGGCUGUAACGAAUGAACAACUAAUACUAGGAAAAGAGCAUCAAACACUGAUUGAAAACACAACAGAAAUACCAGAAGACAUGGUUGAUACUACAACUAUUAUGCCUGAAGACACAGCAGAAGGAGAAGGAAAACAAACAACAUUAAUUGAAGACUUUGAAUCAACAACAGAAAAGCAGAUGCCCACUACAAGUCAAACACGCUUAACUGGAAGUCAAACAAGAACCACUCCACUGAUUGUAACAACCGAAUCAACACUGCUGACAGAUGUCACAGAUAAUCCCACCACAGUCCUAACUACGGAAGAAAUAAUUGCCUCUGAACUAGAAACAGAUCCUUUUGUGACACUGUCUGAGGAUGCCGAGUUUGUGACACUGUCUGAGGAUGCUGAGUUGACAGUAGAUUUACUUACAUCUACAGCUGUACCUUCUUCUACAACAACUGAUAUUCCAACUACCUCUAGACUGCCUUCACCCAUAAAGAUACCUGUACUAUCAAACCGAACAACAACAACUACAGAAUCACCCACGACAACUGAAAGAACCCCAGGAUUUAAUCCAUCCAGUCCUAGAGUAUCAACUGUAAAAAUGAUGGACACAACCACAAGAUUCCAGAAAAUCACCACGACAGAUUUACCACCGACCACAGUGCCUGAGAGUCAGUUAGAGGAUUAUAUCACUACUAAUGAUGAUGCUCUAGAAACCCCACCACCUGUUCAGAUCACUGAGGUACCAGUACUGCCAGAAACCACAUCACCAGAAGGAGAUAUAACACCCACAGAGGAGAACGAAGUUGAUACUACACUUUCUAUGAAUCACUUACAUAUGCUGCUGCAUAGUUUCGGCAGUACUUCCAUUCGACCUGAACUUGCUGCAAUGAACCGUGUGUUAGAUUUCUCUCUCUCAUCUUCAGAUCCAGUUGAACAGCUAGGACUGAACCACGAAGUUAUUGGGGUCCAGAACUUUGAUUUCGAUUAUGAUUUAGAACCCGCAUCUACUGAGCAAGUAAUUGUUACCACAAGCCUUCAGACUCCUACUUUUGCAGCACUGGGUUCAGAUACUCAAGGUGUACUAAGUACAGAAGAGACCACCAGUACUCAGGGUAUCAUGUUAACAGAAACAAAUACACCAACAAUACUGAAUAUGGAAGUAGCUGUAUUAACAGUUUCAGAACCAUACUCCAAAGUGCAAAACUUCACUGAAGCUCCAGAAACUACCCAACAGCCAGAGAGUAUUUCAGUUACAGAAAAUUCGACAAUGGAAGAUAUUCCUGAAACUACUACUGAAGCAGUGACUGAUCCCAUGGAAACUACAACUUUACCUCCAGUUACAACCACAGAGAAAAUAGAAAUUCUUGAGAUAAAAGAACCAUUAAUAACAAAUAACAAAUCAGAAAAUACAGUUAAAACACUAACAAAUCAACUCUCUACAACUGAGGGGAAGACAACAGUUGAAGUCACUACUCCAACAACUUCUCCAGAAGAAAAGGAAUCCAAUGCUGAAACAAAUGAAGAACUUUCAGGAGCAAAUGCAUCUUUGUCGAGAGAGGAUAGAGAAAGACAGAGGCUUGCAUGGCUCAGGAAGAACAGUGGAAAAGACGGAGAGCAGCCAAGGACCAGGCAACUUCAAUCAACCCAGAGAAGGACUUUUGUUCCACUUGGCAAUGCCCGAUCAACAUCAGAAAGACCUGCUACUGGAAGGAGGCUUAGCUUGAGUGACUUACUAAGUCAAAGAGCUUCUCCAGCAGGAAGUAUUACAAAAACAAGUAACUCACAGAGGGAGAAUGAUAUACCGACAUUCACCACCACUACAACUCAACCUCCAAGGAUUCGUUCACAAACGGUAAAAGUAGAUCUAGAUCCUGUAGUUGUAAAAGAAACACAACCUCAGCCCAUUACUGAACAAGCACCUGACCCCAAAAAUGGAGCAAAAAGUGAAGCACUAAGAAGGUUUUUAGAAUUAAACAAACAGAUGUUGAAAGCUUUGGCUGAAAAGAAAGCAAGUACUACCACAUUGCCUGAUGAGCCUACCACAACAUCAUCUCCUGAGCAAAGCAAUACAAGGCCAAAGUUUGCUACAAGGACACCACCACGACUUGACAAAUUCAGAGCCCUAACAGAAAGCACAGUGACUUCAAAUGAUAAAGAAGAAUUGUCCACAACAAACUUUAUACCAAAGAAUAGAGCAACAAACCCAGUGGUAUCUACUAGGGAAGACAAUACACAAGGAUUCCAGCCACGCCCUAGUACAUUCCUCAGACCUGUAGAUAGUCCAAAGCCCUCUGAGGCAUCUGCCAGUGACCAUACUGUUCCAAGGGUCAAACCAGCAUUCAUUAGUCCCCCACCCUCAACCAACUCUCGCAGUGAUCCUAAUCCUCUUCCUGAAAGCCGAACUGAUAAUACAGCUACACGCACUAGAUCUCGACUACCACCGCCUAUUCGUCGUCCCCGUCCAGGACUUCCAGGAAAGAGGCCAGGUGGUCCCCGCAGGCAAAAUGUAUCUCGUCCCUUGACAGCUCGUCCUACUCGCUUUGAAAAUCCCUCAGAAAAACAAAAUGAAGAAAUAACAACUCAGGCACCUUUACUUAGUCGAGAAUCUGUCUCAGAAUUAGCUACUGAGCCAGAAAACAGACCAGUACAGCCACCUAGGAGAAGGUUUGGGUCUUCAACAUCAGCUCCAAGAAGAAAUCAAUUCACAACUCCUAGAGGACGUAGAAAAGGUUUCAGAAAAAGGGUACAAAAUAACAGGGUUAGCACACCUAGGAGGAGAAAGCCAACAACCCUUCCAAGAUUUACAACAGAGUUUGAGGAAGUAACAACACAUGUGCCCACAACUACAGUCACAGAAUUUACAACACUUCCACAGGAAGAGGAUGUAACCUUCUCAGGUUUCGAGCAAACCACUCAGGACUUCUUUGAUACAACAUUAAGAUCUGAUCUAGAGAGAACAACCUUUACUCCAGAGGAAGAAACUACCUUGCAAGAAUUCUCCACAGUCACAUCUCGGGGAAGAGUUAGGUUUGAGAACAGGCACAGGCCAACACAGCUUCCUCGAAUUACAGAGCGUCCUCACCAUCGCUCAACCUUGGCCAGCAAAGUGGCUGCUUUCUCUAACAAUGAAGAUGCUACAGUCCAACCUGUCACACGACCUCUGAAGCCUGAUACCCCAGAACCACCUAAACCUUCAUCCACAUUUAAACCUUUUGAAUUUGAAACUUCUGCUACGACGAUUUCACCGACACGGUUUUUCACAGAAUCACCUUCAGCUGGUGGAAUUUCCACCUUCACUGGCUUUGAUUUUGAUUUGGAUACAACUCCUCCAACUACAUUUGCUGAUUUUGAAGAAUCAACUCAAUCAUCUUCAGGCAGAUUCAGAAAUUCUCAGAACUUUGUCCACACUACCUUUUCUCCAUUUGGUGAUAACCAAAAACAGUCCAUUAACCCAAAGCUACACCAAACAACAAGCCACAGUCAUACACCAAGACCCUCGCACAACAGUGACUUCGAUGAAGCAUUCUUUGCUGAGGAAGACCCACCUUUUGUUAAUAGGAAAGAAACAGAAACUUUCCCCCCUGCUUUUCCGGUAACAACACCAUCAAAUCCCUUCUUUGAGGAAAUCCAGGAAACGGAAACUUUCCCACCAGUUUUCCCAACCACGACCCCUGAUGACUUUUUCCACAAGGAAAUAAAACAAACUGAAACUUUCCCACCAGCCUUCCCAAUCACAACUCCAGAAAACCCUUUCUUCGGAGAAAUAAAAGAUGCAGACGCAUUCCCGCCAUCAUUGACAAUCACACCACCAUCAAAUUCAUUCUUUGUCAAUGACCAAGAUACCACAACUUUUUCACCUGAUUUUGCAACAACAGUAAAACCUAACUUUGAAUUUAACAGAAAACAAGAGGCACAAACCACCCAGCCUCCUUUCCAGACGACAAUCCCACCGAACACCGUCACACCCAGGAUAAUCGUUGUUGCUCUUCCAAUCCUGAAUCAGGCCCCUGCCUCUCCAAGCAAUAGCAAUCAGUCUCCACCCCAGUCACCAGUUAGUGAAAGAGUGGUAUCUCCAGUAAAUCAAGAAUCCUCAUCUCCCUUCCCUGAUGUCAUUCCCCCUCAGACCGACAGACCCCUGGGACAUGUUCAAGUGACCUCAGAAGCAGGAUUUAUCCCUCGAGAAGUUCAUCGACCUUCAACACUUACAGGCGGAGUCAGGAUCACAGCAGAGGAAGGCUUCAUUCCAAGGGAUGUGGUACUGCAGCCACCACCAUCACCGCCACAACAACCAGACCAAACACAUACAACUUUCACACUUCAAAAUGAUAAUGGCAGAUCUGGAAUACUCCAUGGAUCUGGAAAUAUUGAAUUUGUGAAUGAUCAUGAUGUUUCUAGUCAAGGUUCAUUUAGCAGCUCUCCAUCAACAACUACUCAGGUUCCGUCUCGCCCAGUGAUUACAGUAGAUAGUUUACUAACUUUUCUUGGAAAUGAUUCUAACAGCAACAAUGAGAAGGUGGUGCCUAAAAGGCCUAGUCUCUCUCUAAUUCCAACAACUAACCCGCCAUCUCCUAUUGGCACUACUUCAUUUACCCCUAAUUUCAAACUUCAGUCAACAAGGUUCUUCAAUCAAAGGAAUGAUACUCCUAGUAUCUCUCCUAAAUUCUCUGUUCCAACAACAAUUUCUCCCCCUGUUAAAUCGCUCCAUCCCUCUCCCUUUUUGGAAGGUCGCCCUAUAAUUCAUGACGAAUUUUUCAAUGCUCCAGUCAGUGGUUUUACUCCUCCUACCACUUUGAUACCUCCUGAAAAUCCAUCUACAAGACAGUCUAUCCUACUGAGGCCCUUCGAAAGUCUAACUCCACCAUCUGCUCCCUUUGUCCCCUCUACACCUUCUCCAGGUAGUCCACCUCCACAAAAUAACUUUCAACAAAACAGAGGAAGUCCUCUGCGACCAUUCCUGCCUCCCUCACCUACUACAGCUAGACCAAGAACAUCUACUCUUGCAGGCAUAUUAAGCACUUUGAUCAACAAAAAUCCAACUACCACAAAACAACCAACAACUAAAUCCCCUACAACACCACCUCAACCUUUCACAACCCAAGAUCCCAUCAUUGUGUCUACCGACCCACCCUUCUCUAAUCAGUUGGGAACGGGACCCCCAGCACCAGCCAGUAUCCAGCCACAUUUUAGCAACAAUGAUCGCAUCACUAGCUCCAAACCCUUAAAACCCUUCGAUGGCGAUAGAAACCACUUAUCUCACCAAGAGCCAGUGAUCCCAACAAGAGCUGUUGAGCCCAACCUCCCCAGUAGAAGCGAUGGCCAAGAUUCCAGCAGGCUUCCUUCACCCUCCAGCAGACCGGGUCCCCCAUCACUCGAGUCCAUACCCUCCCAGAAUGCCUUCGAUGGGCGAGGUGACGUUCGCUUCUCUGUCCGUCCAUCUCCAGAUAAGGACAGCCCAUCAGAGGGGUCUGCGGACGCCCCACCUGCCCCCACGCCUUCCCAUUUCCCAUCUUCGGCCGCCCCUGGAGCCGCCGUGGAGAGAGAUCCCGACAACGACCACGUGCCAGGCCUCGGCGGCGUCGACUACCCGAUCCUUGAGGCGAUCCCCAAGACGUCGUUCAAGUGCACGAAGGAGAUGCGGCUCAGCGGCAGGAUGUUCGCCGAUCCGGAGACGGCGUGUCAGGUGUACCACGUCUGCAGCGGCCACCAGACCUUCUCCUUCCUGUGUCCUCGAGGAACCAUCUUCCACCAGGACACCUUCGUCUGCCAGUGGUGGUUCACCGUGGACUGCCAGGCGCAGGCACAGAAGCUGGCGCAGAUUCAAGCUCAAAGCGGGAGAUGAAGAGGCAGCUGGAGGAACGAAAAAUCAGCGCGUUUAAACUCUACGGGGUCUUCACUCCUACUUUUACCUCAGACGUGAGAGAGUGGGAAUAGGGGGGACUCAAGCAACUGUGUAAAUAAUUCAGAAAAUGAAAGGAGGUUGUUCCCGUUCUCUUUGGUGUUCAUAGUCGUUAAUGUACUUUAUGAAACAGGAAGAUUUGGGCGUGCAAGGAGUGAUGUAGGAGUAAGAUACGGGAAGACAUUGAUGAUUUCUCAGGCUUUCCUGGUGAAAGAACAUUGAAUGUAUAAAACUUUACGCCAUAGAAAUUCACAUUUAGUCUCUAUAACUUUCCAAAACCUUUCAGUUACAGUAUUCUCAUGAUCUAAAAUAUUCCACAUAAACCACGAAAUAUUUCUUCUUCAAAUUGAACAUAAGAAAAAAAACUCCAGAAAACUUACAUUUUCAUCUUCAUUUUUUCCACUUUUUUUCACUUCAUACUUCCACACACGAAUAAAUAUCGUGUUCCUGACAUCUCUACACAAAUAACUGUGCCGUAAAGUAUUACUAGACUUAACCAAUGUGAUAAAAUAAGUGUUGAUUUCCCUGGAAUUACCAUAAACAAGGAAAGAGAUGCUAAUUUGUGUUUAUUCCAUUCUCUGUGUUCGUGUUUACCUUGAAUAUGGUAAGUCCGCGCAUGUGUACGUUAAUCAUUAAAUCUGUAAAUAGUUUUAUCGUUUAUAGUUUCUUUUUUAAGCGUAUCAUAUUUUUGUAUUAUUAAUCUGCACAAAGAACGUUAAUCGGGAAUGGAAGAAAAGAGAAUAUAUGAUAAUGGAAGAUUUUGAAAACACAUUUCAUACAA